AAUUGGUUGACACAACAAACUGCUGAAUUCUGAAUGACAUAAAACUUAACCCACGAAUGUUGAGAUAAAUAUAAAUUCUCUCUUAAACUUUGUUAUUAAUUUUGUGUGUAUAUUAAAAAAUGAUUGCUCAUUAGAAAAGUGAUGUUGAUAUACCAAUUAUAAAAGUUCAAGUGAUCAAAAACAACUUAAAGUAUUAAAAAAAAUUCUUGUUUAUUUUAAAAAUACAACAACAGACAACAGAUUAUUCAUCAAUUACAAAUUGCUAAUAAACAACUAUCAAACAGAUAAUAAAUUAUAUAGGUAUGAAAUGGAGCAUCAUCGUAAAAUUUUACGUCAUUCUUUUUUUGUGGAAAAAGCAACACUAUUAGAAUCAAGUCCACUACGUCCUCGUUCAGUAAUUGCUCAAGGUUUUACACCAGCACCAAAUGACCGUGUUUUUAAUGAUGAUAAGACUAAACGUUUAAGAAAUCGUAGAUCACUUGGACUGUCAAACAUAACACGUAAAGAUGGUAUUGCUAAAUGCAUGAAGCUAAAUACACAAAUUAAAAAAAAUAUUAAAAAUGCAAUACUAUUAGACUCAAGUCCACUACGUCCUCGUUCAGUAAUUGCUCAAGGUUUUACACCAGCACCAAAUGACCGUGUUUUUAAUGAUGAUAAGACUAAACGUUUAAGAAAUCGUAGAUCACUUGGACUGUCAAACAUAACACGUAAAGAUGGUAUUGCUAAAUGCAUGAAGCUAAAUACACAAAUUAAAAAAAAUAUUAAAAAUGCAAUACUAUUAGACUCAAGUCCACUACGUCCUCGUUCAGUAAUUGCUCAAGGUUCAAUACCAGCACCAAUUGACGAUUUUGUCAAUGAUGAGUUGAUUAAACGUUCAAGAAGUCGUGCAUCACUUAAAGUAUUUAACAAAACACGUACGAUUAUGACUAUGCCACAAACAAGAGAUGAUAUUGUUGAACCCAUAAAACUAAGUACACAAAAUGAAAUGAAUAUUAAAAAUCCAACACUAUUAGAAUCGAGUCCACUACGUCCUUUAAGAAGUCGUACAACACUCAUACGAUUAAAACAAAGACGUCUGACUAUGCAACAAAUAACAGAUGAAAAUGCUGAAAGCAUGAAGCCUAGUACACGAAAUGAAAUAAAUAUUAAAAAUACAACACUAUUAGAAUCAAGUCCACUACGUUCUCGUUUAGCAAUUGCUCAACGUUCAACACCAGCACCAACUUACGAUGUUGUUAUUACUAAACGUUCAAAAAGCAGUAGACCACUUAAAUUAUUAAAAAAACAAUUAAAAGAUGAUCAUGCUGAACUCAGAAAGCUAAUAAAUGAACAAAUUGAAAAAAAUAUUUCAUUAACACAAAUGAUAAUGGAGCGUGUUAAUGAUGAUUGCCUGGCUGAAAUAUUCAUGUAUGUGCCAGCAUGUGAGAGACUAAAAAUUGCACUGGUAUGCAAAAAAUGGAAAAGAGCCCUUGAUUAUUCUUGGUUUAAUGUCACAAAACUUGAAUUAACUUAUUGGCGAUAUCAUGAACUUCCAAAUUGUUUAAAAAAAUAUCAAAGGCGUGAUAAAAGAUUAAAUUUUUUAAAGUCACUGCUUGAUAAAUGUGGUCGUUAUUUAACAAUAUUAGACUUGACAGCUUAUGAUCUUUGUAACAUAGUGCCAAUUAUCAAUGAUUAUUGUCCAAACCUCGAGAAACUUCGAUUGAGAUUCAGUUUCAUUCUGCACGGUACACUGUUGUCCAAUGCAUUUACACGUCUAUCUAAACUAAAAUCUUUGACAAUUAUAUUUGAAAAUAUGAAAAAUCAAAUAAUACCUGAGACUUUAAUAAAUUCAUUGAUAAACGUUGCUGGUACAUUGACUGAACUGUAUUUGUUGCAUUUUGUCAAUCACUUGGAUGAAAGCUGUCGUUAUCCAAAAAAUCUUCGUUGUGUAAUUCGUCGACUAAAAGCCUUGAAACGUUUUGAAGUUGCUGGUAUACGAGGUUUCAAAGAUUCAUUCAAGUAUUUAAAAAAUAAUGAAAUGUCAUUUUAUUACAACCAUAAUGAAUAUCUUAAAAAACGUCCUUAUCUGGGAAUUUCGUUUAUAAAUAUCAGCUCAUUAAAUUUAACAAGUUGCUUUAAAGAUGAUACUUUGUAUACUAUUGCCAAUACCAUGGAACAAUUAAAAAUUUUAGCUAUUAAUUGUACUGAGAUAACCGAUGACGGUGUAGUAGCACUUUCAAAGAUGAAUAAUUUACAAAUAAUUUGUUUAAACGGUCACAGUAACAUCACUGAUUCUUCAAUAAAAUUGCUCAAAAAUAUAUUACAAUUAUCUUUGCCACGAAGCAAUAAAAUUACAGAUGUUUCAGUGACGAAACUUCUUGAAAAUUCACCAAAAAUUGAGAAACUUUUACUUCACUUCACAAUAAGUGUGACUGCUAAUUUUGUAAAAAAAGCAGCAGAAAUAUCAAGUCAACGAAAACAACUUUUAAAGAUAUCCAUUCAUACAUUAAUACCUGAUGUAAAACGAUAUGAAUCACCGUAUUUUAAAAUAUAUAUUCUUGAAAAUGAAGAAAAAUAAAAAAAAUAUAGUAUAUUUUGAUACAAAUGCCUAAUUAGAUAGUGUGUAAUUCUUAUCAAUUAAAAUAUAAAAAAUCUGUUU